UGGGCAAAUAUUUCUAGGACUCUCCACUCUGCAGUAAAGUCAACUACGUCCUUUACAUUGCAUCCAAAUGUUACUGGCAUGGUAGGAACUUCACAGGUGGCUUGCCUUUGCCCAGUUCUGAAUGAAAACCUUUUAGCUUCAAAACUCCACUCAUUGGCUGUCAACAUCUUGGGAGAGUUAGACUGCAGUGGAGCAAAUGAUCUUUGCAAAGGACUGAUAGCCUCAUCAGUUUCUUGUGUCACUUUGAAUUUUAAGGAAAGAGUAACUGAUAAUGUUGCUAACUGUCUUUUUAAGCACUUGAACAAACUCAAAACCCUUUCAAAGUUGACUAUUAGUAUUCAGGGGGAGCUGAUGGGGGACGGAAAGAACACUCUUGAAAGGCUAUCACGCAACCAAACAUAUCUAUUUGCAUUAAAUGUUAGUGACUCAUAUUCAGGCGACAAGAUUUGCAGAGAAGUUGGUUUAUCUGCUGAUGAUUCCUCGUCACUUACACCUGUACUUACCAAAGUUAAGGAUGGCUGUGUAACAAAGCUUAGUGUGAGCGUUAACAACCCUGACAGCAUCAGUGGAGACUGGGGAUCCACUCUCUGUGAGGGUUUGGCAAAAAGUGAGUCUUUAACUACAUUAAGUCUGACAUUUAACAACAGUUCCUUUAUUAACAACAUGGAUGCUCUGUGGGAUGCUGCGGCAAAAAACAAGUCAUUAACUACACUGAGCCUUACACUCAACAGCUACAAUGAGUAUGUGAUGAGUGAACCCAUGCCCUGUGGUCUGAGUGAUGGUUUGGCAAAAAACUCAUCAUUAACUACACUGAGCCUUACCCUCAACGACUGCUGGAUAUGGGAGAAAAUGGUGGCCGAUGAUCUGAGUGACGGUUUGGCAAAAAACACAUCACUAACUACCCUGAGUCUUACAUUCAACAUCCAGAGUGACUUGAUUAGCGACAAACCUGUGAUGCAUUAUCUGAGUGACAUGUUGGCUAAGAACACGUCACUAACUACACUGAGCCUUACACUCAACAACUACUGUGCCAGUGGCUGGGAGGAAUGCUUGAUGUCUGAUCUGAGUGAGGGGUUGACUGAUAACAUGUCAUUAACUACACUGAGCCUUACACUCAACAACUACAGGCACUUUAUGGGAUGCAUGAUCUCUCAUCUGAAUGAGGGGUUGAUGAAAAACAUGUCAUUAACUACCCUGAUCCUUACACUCAACAACUACAGGAACUUUAGGGGAUGCAUGAUCUCUGCUCUGAGUUACGGGUUGACAAAAAACAAGUCAUUAACUACACUGAGCCUUACACUCAACAGCUACUAUGCCAGGGACUUUGAGGGAGGCUCGAUGUCUGGUCUGAGUGACUGGUUGACAAAAAACAUGUCAUUAACUACACUGAGCCUUACACUCAACAACUACAGGGACUUUAAGGGAUACAUGAUCGAUGGUGUGAGUGACUGGUUAGCACAAUACAUGUCAUUAACUACACUGAGCCUUACAAUCAACAACUACUCUUCCUUUGAUGGAGACCUGACCGAUGGUCUAAUUGAUGGUUUGGCGAAUAUCAAGUCAUUAACCACCCUUAGU